AUGUCCCUUUCACAACGCGUUGUCAUCAUUGGAGCAGGUAUCGUGGGCACCAACCUCGCCGACGAGCUGGUCUCCCGAGGAUGGAACAAUAUCACCGUCGUUGAGCAAGGUCCGCUCAACAUGCCGGGCGGGUCGACAUCACAUGCCCCCGGCCUUGUAUUCCAAACGAACACCUCUAAGACAAUGACACACCUCGCCAGAUAUACCGUCGAGAAAUUCCUAUCGAUCGAAAAGGAUGGACAGAAAUGUUUUAAUCAAGUGGGUGGCCUUGAAAUAGCGACUACACCGGCCCGAUUGGAAGAGCUCAAGCGGAAACAUGGGUACGCUUCGUCAUGGGGCAUUGAGGCGCGAUUGGUGAGCGCCGAGGAAUGUUUCGAGAAAUACCCCCAUCUGAACAGAGACAUGGUCUUGGGAGGCCUGCACAUUCCCAGUGAUGGUCUGGCAUUGGCGGCACGCGCUACACAAUUGCUCAUUGAGCGGACGAGCAAAGCCGGCGUUCGAUAUCUGGGUCAUACUCCCGUGACCGGGAUCGAACGGGCGGACCGUCGCGUGACCGGAGUCACCACACCAAACGGUACUAUUCCAGCCGAGAUAGUCGUUUCUUGUGCUGGAUUCUGGGGUGUGGAAUUGGGUGCUAUGGUUGGUGUGCAGAUCCCUUUGCUUCCACUCGCACAUCAAUAUGCAAAGACCACAACAGUCCCGGCGCUCGCAGGACGCGAUAUUAAUUCCUCGAUGAAUGGAAUGAAUGCCGAACUUCCCAUUCUGCGCCACCAAGACCAGGAUCUCUAUUAUCGUGAGCACGGUGACCAGUAUGGAAUCGGAUAUUAUGGACACCGUCCAAUGCCUGUCGUUGCGUCCUCAUUAGGACUCACCUCACAGCAUGUUGAUGAACACAAUAUGCCCUCUCGCCUCGAGUUCACCACUGAAGACUUUGAUCCGGCAUGGAAGGAGACGCAAAAGCUCCUUCCAAUCCUUCAAGAAACGGAGAUUGCUGAUGGCUUCAAUGGUAUCUUCUCUUUCACUCCCGAUGGCGGUCCUAUCGUUGGCCAGCCAUCUCACCUCGAUGGCUUCUAUGUAGCGGAAGCAGUCUGGGUCACACAUUCAGCAGGUGUAGCCCGAGCUCUAGCACAAAUCCUCACGACCGGCAAGUCUGAAAUUGAUGUGUCUGAGUGCGAGCUGUCUCGCUUCGAGGAAAUUCAAUUGACCCGCGACUAUGUGAGCGAGACAUCGCAGCAGAACUUUGUUGAAAUUUAUGACAUUCUCCACCCACUCCAACCCAAAACAUCACCCCGCACGCUCCGUGUCAGUCCCUUCCAUGCUCGCGAAUUGGAACUUGGUGCCUACUUCCUUGAAACUGGAGGCUGGGAGCGGCCAUGGUGGUACGAAGCAAACAAAGAUCUCGUAAAAGCUCUCCCACCAUCCUGGAAACCCCUCGAGCGAGACGCGUGGUCAGCGCAAUUCCAUUCACCCAUAUCUGCAGCCGAAGCUUGGAAAACGCGAAACGCCGUUGCGAUGUUCGAUAUGACCGCCUUCCAUCGCUUUGAAGUGUCUGGUCCAGGAGCAGUCCGUUUGCUUCAACGUUUGACCACGAGUGACAUGACCACAAAAACCGGCACAGUCACAUACACUCUUCUCCUAAACGAGCAUGGCGGAAUCCGCAGCGACAUUUUCACGCACCGACUCGAGUAUGAUGUAUUCCAAAUCGGCGCAAACACAGCCACGGACCUCGCCUAUCUCGAGCGAGAAGCCCGUAUCCAAGGCCAAACCACCCCGGGGCAAUGGGUCCAGGUGCGCGACAUCACAGGCAGCACAUGCUGCAUCGGUCUCUGGGGUCCUCGCGCACGGGAAGUGCUCAGCGGAAUCAGCACAGACGAUCUGUCCAACAAAGGCCUCCCCUAUCUCAGUCUCAAGAAGACGAUUGUCGCUGGUAUCCCAGUGACACUCAUCCGAAAGUCCUACGUCGGCGAACUCGGCUGGGAAAUCCAAACAAGCGCCGAGUACGGCCAGCGACUCUGGGACAACAUCUGGCAAGCUGGCAAGCUACAUGGUCUCAUCGCGGCUGGUCGCAGUGCUUUCAAUUCCUUGCGCAUCGAGAAGGGAUACAGAAUCUACGGGUCGGAUAUGACCACCGAGCACAACCCGUUCGAAGCAGGUGUUUCGUACGCCGUCGAUGCGAACAAGACAGAUGACUUUGUGGGUAAAGAUGCUCUACAGCACCUUUCUGCCCAGCCACCCUUGCGACGCCUCCGACCUUUGACGGUUGAUGAUGGACGCUCGGUGGUUCUUGGGAAAGAACCCGUGUUCUAUAAUGGCAAUGCUGUUGGUUAUGUCACUAGUGCUGCGUUUGGGCAUUCGAUUGGACAGCCGAUUGCUUAUGCUUGGCUCCCGGGGAAUGUGAAUGAUGGCGAAGGUGUUGAGAUUGAGUAUUUCGGCAAGAGGAUUAAAGCGACUGUUGCUGCAGAAUCACUUUAUGAUCCUGGGAUGAGUAGUCUUAGCAGGGAUUCAGUGGUUUCUUCACCGGGACCACAGUCUGUCAAAUCCAGGCUAUGA